AUGUGGCGUGAGCCUUCCAAGACCGAAGACUCCAGGUCUGCUUUGGAGAAGGACUCUUCCGCCGCUGCGCGCUCAUCUAUUCGCCGAGGACCGACCUUGCGCCACACUGGCUCCCGCGCGCGUCGCUCUAAUAUCAUGUCUUCCUUCCAAUCACAAAUCAUUGACGAGCUCCGACGCGCUGGCGAACCCAGGCGUGUGUCGCGGAUUUCGUUGAUCCCACCGAAUGGGUCGAGCGAUGGUGGUGUUAAUGGAAUGACCUACGAACAGGCCGAACGCGAAGCUGCUAGCCGGGCUACUUCGCGUGGGAAUGAACGGACUCCCCGACAGUCAGAUGCUCAACGAAGGGCUUCUCGCCACCAAGCCUUGACCGACCUCCUUGCUCGCGUGGAUGGUCACUCUCGGAGUGUCGCAUCCUACACUCCAAAUUUCGCCCCCGCUCUCGGAUACCACAGUAGCGCUUCUUCCACCCGCCCGGACGCCAGCGUUCAGCUUCCUCCUAUGCGUGACUGGGAGGAUCGAAAUGAACGCGAACUCCCCGCCAACGCCUUCUUCCCGCCUGAGAUCCGCGGUACUGAAAUACGCGCUCGCCGCUCCAGCCAUGCACAAAGUCGCCCGGCCCGAGACCCGAUCACGGAUGGGCUGGGAGAUCGCCAGCGCAGUCCCAGUCCAGAUGGAGACCGCAACCUCGGGGACUGGCAGACCUUACUGUUGACCAUGAUUCCCGACGCGACUCCCCCCUCAACCGACACAUCCUUCGCCUCUAAUUCUGCCCCUGCUGCUGAUGACCCACGCAACGAUGUUCCUCAUGACUUUCUCAGCGGGCCGAUGAUCGAAGCUGCUGCCAACCGUGCCGAGUUCCGAAUUCAGCCCUUACUUGACAGCCUCAAUUGCGACUUUUCCUCCGAUGAUGAAGAACCCCCGAUCAGUUACAACCAGUUCCUAGCAAAUCGUCGGAGGCUCCAUUCUCAGCGCUCAACCAUCAGUAGACACCCCCCUUUUCCUACCAUCGCGACACUCUUGGAUCAAAAUCAGGACGACGAACUCCACCACAUGCAGGUCAUCCUGGAUCGACUUGCUCGCCGUGAGGAUAUUCCCGACGACUGGUGGGCGGCUGCUGGCCUUUCACGUACCCUUGACCGUGGUCUGAAUUCCAGUAUGGAUUCCACCGAUAUCGAGGGCCCUUCGCGAACAACUCGCGGUGACAAUUGA